AUGUGUCGCAACCAAACACCACGUUACUGGUGCUGCCAUAUUCCCGGCCGAAUUGACGGAAUUGACCCAAACGAUCGAAUUGUCCCUGAUACCCCAACACCAGCUCCAGAUUGCAAUGGAAAGGGAUCAUCUUGUCCCUCAUACCGCGAAUGCAAGCGCAAGUAUUUCCAGCAAAAACAGUUGUGUCCAGAUUGCACCAGCAAAAUAAACCAAUCUCCUCGAGUAAAAAAAGAAAUCAAGGCCUGGAGCAAGGAAAUUUUCUAUUAUAAAGUUACUAGUGAAGUUUUUGACUUCCUGAAUGAUGAAAGGAGGGAUAAUGGUGAACAAAUAUUGACGGGUAGUGAAAAGCUUCAGAUACGGGAUAGUGUAGAGAGACAUUUUGAUGUUGCGAUUCAGGAGCCAUAUUAUGCGGACUUGUUUGCUUUCCAGUUUGAAUACUUUAGAAACGAUGAACUUCUUCGGGAUGUCAAGCGGAGAGUUUUAUCGGAGGAAGAGAACUAA